AUGAGAAAUCUGAACGUCGCAUUAUUUCUUCUAUGUUCUGCAAUUCUAAUUACAAAUCAAGAACAUCAAAUUAAGGCAGAAUCUGAUCAAUUCAUUAGAACAAAAGGAGUACAAUUUAUACUAAACGGAAACCCAUUUUACGCAAAUGGGUUCAAUGCCUAUUGGUUAAUGUACACCGCCGCCGAACCAUCUGAAAGAAACAAAGUCACCUCCGCUUUUUCCGACGCCGGAAAACAUGGUCUCUCCAUUGUCAGAACUUGGGCUUUCAACGACGGCAACGGUUACAGAGCCCUUCAAACCUCUCCCGGUGUUUACAAUGAACAAGUUUUUCAGGGUUUGGAUUUUGCUGUAUCUGAAGCUGGAAAAUAUGGUAUGAAAGUUAUACUAUGUUUGGUUAAUAAUUAUAAAGAUUUUGGAGGAAGAAAUCAGUAUGUUGAAUGGGGGAGAAGUAAAGGGGAAAAGAUUGAUUCUGAAGAUGGAUUUUAUAGUAAUGGUGUUGUUAAGGAGAUGUUUAAGAAUCAUAUUAAGAUGGUUGUGAAUAGACGAAAUACUAUCACGGGAAUUGUUUAUAAAGAUGAUCCCAAUAUAAUGGCUUGGGAACUUAUUAAUGAGCCACGAUGUCCGUCCGAUCAAUCUGGAUCUACUAUUCAGUCAUGGAUUAAAGAAAUGGCUGCAUAUGUGAAAUCCUUAGACAACAACCAUAUGGUAGAUAUUGGCAUGGAAGGCUUCUAUGGACCCUCACGAUCUGAAAGGCAACAAAAUAACCCUAAUUUUCUAGUUGGAACCGAUUUCAUCGCCAAUAAUCAGAUUCAAGAUAUUGAUUUCGCUACGACUCACACAUAUCCCGAUGCCUGGUUUAAAGAUUCGAGCAAUGAAAUACAAAACACAUUCCUCAAUAAUUGGGUUAACAAUCACCUUCAAGAUGCCGAAAACAUAUUAAAAAAACCUCUCAUGUUUGCGGAAUUUGGGCAAUCGAAUAAAUUAUCGAGUUACAACAUAGGUCAAAGAGACAAAAUGUUUGAAACAAUUUACUCCACGGUUUACAUGUCUUCUAUUAAAGGAGGAGCUGCGGCUGGCGGGUUAUUCUGGCAUUUAUUGACAACCGGAAUGGACAAUCUUCGAGACGGGUAUGAGAUAAUCCUUAGUGAAAACUCGACUACAAAUAGUAUAAUAGCUUAUCAGUCUAAAAAACUGAAGAAGGUUAGACAUUUGUAUGCCUGCAGUGAAUGUUAA